GCGGCGCUGCUGCGGGGCCCGGCCUUCCUGGCCGGGGAGGCGCUCGAGUGCCUGGUCACGCUCCGCAACCCGCUCCCGCCCGACGCCACCUCCGCCUCCAGAUGGUGCCACCUCUGUGCCAGGCAAGGCAAUUUGCAGAGCCAGCGUGCGCAUGCACGCACACACGCCUGACCCCUCUGCGCGCUUUGGGAGAUCAGAGAGUGUGCUUUUCCCCUGGGGGAGCCUGGAGUAUUUACUGAAGCAUCCCGGAGAAAGGUCUGUUUUAAUAAAAAGUAGCACACGCAGGCAAGAAGUUAGCGAAUGCCUGCCCCUUUCCUGUCCUGUGGCGUCUGUGGCGGGCAAGCAAAACAUUGAGAUCCUGGCCUGGGCAAGCGCACAGAUCCACUGCCAGUUCCAUGCCAGCGAAAGCCGCGUGGCUCUGCCCCCACCAGACAACAGCAGGCACGAUGUGCAGGCCGAGAGCGAGACCGUCUUUGUCCCCAACCGAGGUGAGCGAGGCCAAUGCAUCCUCUCGACCCCUCCCAAGAUCCUCUUCUGCGACCUGCGGCUGGAUCCUGGCGAGUCCAAAACCUACUCAUACUGUGAAACUCUGCCGGUGGACGGGCCGCCCUCCUUCCGUGGCCAAGCGGUGAAGUAUGUCUACAAGCUGACCAUUGGCUGCCAGCGGGUCAACUCGCCCAUCAAGCUCCUCCGUGUCCCCUUCCGAGUGUUGGUGCUGCCUGGACUCCAGGACUCUCCGUUCCCACAGGACGAGGCAGUCGCUCCUUCGAAUCCUUUCCUGGAGGAGGAGGAGGGGGCCAAGAACGACUCCCGACUGGCGGACUUGGCCACAGAGCUGCUGAUGGCAGCCACUUCGCGCCGGAGUCUCCACGUGUACAACAUCAGCAACUCCCGGGGCAAGGUGGGUGCCUUUUGCAUCUUCAAGACGGUCUACAAGAUUGGUGAGGACGUUGUCGGGACGUUCAACUUUUCUGCAGGGGACAUCCCGUGCCUGCAGUACUUGGUGAGCCUGCAGACCGAAGAGCAGGUCCAGGAGGCCUUCCAGCGCAGGCGGGGGCAGCCUGGCUCCUACACCACCCACGCCCGCCACCAGGAGUCCUGCCUGCACACUUCCCGGACCAGCUUCAGCCUGCCCAUCCCGCUCAGCUCUGCCCCGGGGUUCAGCACCAACAUUGUGUCUCUCAAGUGGCGGCUGCACUUUGAGUUUGUGACUGCCCGCGAAGCAGUGGAGCUGCAGGGGGCCUCCGAUGGCCAGUCUGAAGCCCUCAGCUGGACAGGCGUGGAGCAGAUGGACGUGGACACCUUCAGCUGGGACCUGCCCCUCAGAGUGCUGCCAACCAACCCCCUCCUGGCCUCUUACGUCUCCCAGUUCCCCAGCUCCAACAUCCUCACCAUCUGAGUAGGGGGGCUGGGGGCGGGCUUGCCUGCCUGCCUUGUGCUGCUGAAGAGCCCGGCGGGGUGGGGGUGGGGGGGGGAGCAGGAAACGGCCGCCCAGCCCAGCUGGUGUGUGCCCAGGGAGAUGGUUGCGUUGCCUUCCCUUCCCUAGCCGGGGGUGGGGGGGGAUCACUUCCGCCUGCGCCCAGAUGGAUUCUCUGCACUUCUGGGAAGGGAUGCCUUUGGCUUGGGAGCAAAAUUAGGAGGGGCCCCUCCUUCGUGAGCCCCUGCCUGGUGCAUCUGUGUGUGUGUGAGAGAAAGAGAGGGGGGGGGGAGAGAAUAAAAAGUCGACCUGGGGCUGCUCUGUUCUGCAUCCUUGGCACAUACAGGGGAGGGGGCUAAAGGAAGGUCUGCCCCUCCCCCGCCUCUGCACACGCCUGCCUUCCUGAGCACCC